UUAAGCAAAGUUUUAGUAGCCGGCGAGCAAUGCAGAGACUAAUUUUCACCUUCGCUUGUAUGUCCACACUCAGCUGGGCACUGCCAUUGGAAUCCCAGGAAGGAUGGUCCUUUGCAGAUUCAACGGAAUCGGAAACGGAUGAAAUAGACUUGAGCGCCUAUGGUAGUCAGAUUUAUGGGGUGCCUGAUCCGCUAACAGGUGAUAGGGUAGCCAACUUAAGUGUUGACAGCAAUGUAAAUCCUGAGGAGCUGGGAAGCUACCUUGAGGGUGAUAUUCUAGAGCCUCUACCUCCCAUCAAUACGUUAAAUGGCUCACCUAACAGAUCCCGUCGUUGGCCAAAGGGUGUGGUGCCCUUUGUGAUCGAGCGCGGUUUCAGUAAAAAGGAAUUGUCUUUUAUCAAAGCUGCCAUGAACGAGUACCGCAGACACACUUGCAUCAGAUUUGUGCCACGUAAAGGACAGAAGGACUAUAUUUCCAUUGGGAGCAGUCACACAGGCUGUUGGUCUAGCCUCGGUCGUCGUGGUGGAAAGCAGGUAUUGAAUCUACAGUCACCUGCAUGUCUGCGCCGCAUUGGAACUGCGGUGCAUGAGAUGAUGCAUGCUAUUGGAUUUUUUCAUGAGCACGUACGCGAGGAGCGAGACAGCUAUGUAACGAUUUAUUUCAAAAAUAUAAUUUCUGAAAAAACUCACAACUUUAAUAAGGUACAAAAGAGCGUGAAUUUCGGAGUGUCCUACGAUUACGACAGCGUUAUGCACUACUCAACUACAGCCUUUUCACGGAAUAAUAAAAAAACUAUAGCGGCAAAGAAUGCGAAGGAUAACCAUCGAUUGGGACAACGUGGGGGAUUUUCUCCUAAGGACUUAAAGAAAAUUAACAGCAUGUACAAAUGCAAAUGGUCGACAGCUUCGCCUGAUAAUGAAGUUUCACUUUCCACACCUGAGCCAGAAAGCUCAACGGCAACAACGGUCAGCUCCAGUCUGGACCCUGAUAAUUUAUUAAUCUAGAUUAUUAUUUAAUCU